AUGGGAAUCCGAGUUAGUGACCGCGACUCGGAUGCACGAGGAUCGUCUCUGCACGGCGUGCAUCACGCAGGAUGGCGUUCAUCGGAGGCCUGGCGGGGCGACGGGGAUCUGGUGCAGGAUGGAGAUGAUCAUAGCGAGGACUUGGAUGCGUCCGAGUCUCAGUCCGAGUCGGACGAAGAGUCUGGUUCGUCCGCAUCUGACAGCCAUUCAUCGCCGAGCCCCAAGCACCCGAAAUGUCGGGGCAUCCUUGUACACUGGACACCCGGAUCAGUAUGGGAUACUUAUCCCUUUCAUCGCCAUGAAUCACGCACGUUUCCGUGGGAGCUUGUUGGGAUCGAGAAUACCAACUGGCUUCGUUUGCGCUCCACAGACUGUCGACGAUAUGCGCACACGAGGAACACAACCCAGUGCGACCCCUGUGAAAAGAUCCCACGUCUAUCGGAGUACAUCAAUUUCGUAAACAGAGCGGAUGGGGACGCACCGAAGAACACGCCAUACCUCUAUUUGACUCACAAGCAGUUGAUAGCUAAGAAGAAGAUUUCACGGAGAGACCGGCGGAUCAAUGACCACCAACGACUCACCAUGCUACUCGCUACCAAUGAUGUGAAGCGGCUACGCGAGCUGCUUGCUGUAGCGCUGCGAAACGGGUCCAGCCCACGCUACCUAUUCUCGCAGCUUCAGCGCGCGAUCUCCGGUGUCUACAAGGCGCGGGGGCCUGGAGGCCGGUUUGAUAAACGCGAUCUUGAGAUCGCAUUCCUUGCCAAAGCUCUCGGUGGUCCACGGCUCCUGUAUGCUCUCAAUCACUCGCAUGGAUUGCCAUCCCCAUCUACUGUCAACGACACUUACCCUGUCCCUCAACUCCUCCCAUGCAUCAAGGCCCCGGUGCACCACGAAGUCUCUGGUAACAUUGGACGGCUCAUGGCACCCGAGGUCAAGCCGCCCGCGCCGGUAUACGAGUCGAAUAAGCAGGCAGGCAUGAUUGCGAUGUUUGAUGGUGUUGCAAUCGAAGAGAAGUGCCGAUAUCUUGCUGCCAGCGACUCUAUUGCUGGCCUCUGUCGUGAACAUUCCGCAGACAUCGUGACGCGCGUUACGAGCCUCGAGGAUGUUGAGGCAGUUAACCGUGCGCUACAUGGCGAGGAUCCGACCUGUCAUUAUGGGAAGGAUGCGACGAUCGGCGCAGUCGCACCUUAUGCUCGCACCGACCAUUACGGUGCUACUCCGCUUUUUGCAUCACCGUCAUGCAAGAGCGAGGAUGGUGCAGAUCUCGGCCUUUGGCUGGGAACAUUCUUGACAGCAUGGAAGACCCAUCCGAAUGGAGAGACGAUGCACGGACCUAUAUGGACUGUUGGGAGUGACGGCGAAGCAUCGUUUCGCAAAGCGAAGUUCAAUCUGUGUAUGUCUGAGUCAAUACCGCAUGACUCGGAGCUGGGGACACACCUCUAUCGGAUGAUUGGCAUGAACACGACCUGCGGACGUGAUGGCAUUGUAGCUACCUGUGAUCCAAAGCACGUAAUCAAGAGGUUUGCGACCCUGUUGCGCAACCCAAGAGGCAUCCUUGUACACGAUACAUGCAUCCAGUCUCUCGACGUCUACCAGCAUCUACAAGAUCUACCCUCCAUGACACCCGAAAAGGCUCGUCAGCUCCUCGACCCUGUAGACAAGCAGAACGUACCGAAGGCAGUCACCCUCAUGCAGACUCUUCUACGCCUUGCGACAGACGCAAAAGCAUCAUCCUCGCCCAGUCACCUUCAUCGACGUCGGAUGCUGAUCUUCAUCGCACGGACAUUCGCCUACUUCACGCUGCCGUUCAUCUCUGUUGGCUAUAGCCUCGCACAGCAAAUCAAGUCGCUGGCGACCUACGCAUUCCUCGCAUCAGCCAUGUGGAUCCGACAUGGCACGUCCUUCAUGACUGGGGCGCUGUAUGCUGAUUCGCAGGCGAUCGUACGGAACAUCAUCAUCACGGCACUACGACUUCAGAUAGUGGACAGGAACAUACCAUUCCAUAUCAUCCUGGAGGGUACCGACCGCCUCGAACGCCUCUUCUCUGAGUGCCGUACCCAGGAUCACAGCCGGAAUUUCGAUAUCCUACAACUGUGCGAGAAGCUCAGUGUCAGCACCCUGAUCAGCUCGAUCUUCGAGCGCAAUCCUGACCUCGAUCGCGGCCAUCGACGACUCAAUCUUGUCGACGCACUAGGAGUCGACCACGUCAAUCCUGUUUCAUGGAAGGGCGACGUCAUCGUGGGUCACGUCGAGGUCGAGGUUGAGUGGACCCGAGGGCGGUUGGAUGCGAGUGCUCUCCUUGACGAGUAUUUUGGCGAGGCAGCGCGUGUCGACUUUGCAUCGCUAUUCGCACACAGCACGUGCGACCUACUGCGACCUGGGCCUCAUGGCAAGUAUGUGGGAUUACGACAUACCAAUGAUGACGACCGCACAGAGGGUGAAGAAGAAGCCUCAACUGACACUUCGAUCCCAAGAGACCCUGAUCCUGGGAAUGCCGGGGAUGCCACAGAGUCACAAUCAACAGUACUACCCGACUCGGAAGACUUCAACGACGUACCUCUCGGAGUCGAGAUAGACGACUUUCUGCCCGACACAAUCAAUGCGACGAGCAGUGGAACCCUACCAGAGGAAUCACCUCUAUCACACGACACGACGCGCUUCAUUCAGGUCGGCGAGAAACGCUUUCUCAAGUCAUCUGUUGUCGCUGCGUUCCUGACAUCCAACCGGGGUAAGAAGGUUCCCAUGCGGACGCUCCGCGCUCAGGGUGUGACGCUCGAAGACCUCCGCAAUUCGGACAAAUGGAACUUGCCAGGCUUAACUGGUGAGAACGUCAUUCGUUCGGGGGACACCGCCGCGACACUCGUUUGCAUCUCCGACUCUGGGACUAUAUGCCUAGCUGUCGUCGAGAUCAUGAAGUUCUUGCGGCAGGGAGACAGCGCGUGGCUCACUGGUGUUGAAGCCGCCGAGCUGUCUCAACAGGGAUCUACCCUCACUGUCGAGGUUCAGACACUGCAGCUCAUAGAGUGUCAGCAAAGCGGUUCCGAUGCCUGGCAAUGGACUAGACAGUAUGUCCGCUCCGGAACGAAGGGAUCGGACCAUGAACAAGCCACAACCAAGCAACACACCUUGCUCGUUCCCGGGUUUCUCAUUCUUCCGUUGAGCCCUCAGAUCGUCGAGCUUACGCGCGAGACCGAAGCAGACAACUCAGGUCAACCGAACAGGCCACAUGAACCACAGGCCAACUCGGACGGAGAGUCAUCUCGUGCACAGACGACUUGGUCGUACAUCGCGUCUGACCUACACGAUGCACUGGACAUCGCAUGGGAUGCACUUGGCUCUGAGUCGGAGGAGCUCAUGGCGAACGUCGCGAUGUUACCAGUUCUCGAAACAGGCGAGCUACCCUAUACAAGCCGUCACGAUGAGCCGCAAUUCAUCGUAGUAGACCUUCCAGCACACUUGACUGUGGAGAAGAAGUCCGGGUCCACAAAAGUGACUUGCUUCAUCUGCGGUGAGUCCGAGACCAUCGCGCAGAUGCGGAAUCAUGUAGGGCAUCAUCUACUGUAUGAACUGCGCGACGUACCUGACCCGAAGCCUCACAAGAUCGAGAUUGGGACCGAACCGUGCGGAUGGUGCGGACGCGACGGCGAGUGCAUCACACAACUUGUCAAGAAGGGGAACUCGCGGAUUCUUCAUUCGAGCUGCGAGUACCAUCACACCAAGAUGAAAUACGGUGCUGCAUCGAAGACGAACAAGAAUACCCCCUGUACAAAUGUCCCUAUACACUGCCCGCUAUGCCCUCCAACAUCGAACGGCCAACCACGCACCAUUUGGAAGUACAACACCUUCAUCCACCUCCUCCUCGAGCACAGCACUCCAGACGCAAUCGAAUUGCCUUCGGUUCCCCCGCAACUUCUCCUGGACAUGCACAUCUCGAGAGCCGAAGAGGAAGCGAUGAAGGUUGACGAGGAUGCGACGACCGACUACCGCGAGGAGUUCGACAUACCAGACAGUGACGACAUCCAGCUGGUCAGGGAGGAGCUUCAAGUAGGCCAAAAGCGAGGUAGGGGUCAGUCGACGGUGGUGAGAGAGCCGCGUUCGAAAGCGACGAAGACGGCGUAGUCCUGGCGUAGUCAACCCAGACGACCUCGAGCGAUGUACGGCGAGCGCAGCCUGAGCGCAGCACAGAUGGCAAUGAAUACCGUAUUAGGCUAAUCUUAUCUUAUCGGAGGGCCCCCCCCCAAGUGGUUUCCGGGGUCGCGCUUCUGAGUACGG